GACCUACUUCCAGACGGGAGCAGCUGGCUUGAGGGGCGGGCCACAAGACGCCGGCUUGCAGUUCAGCUUCCCUACAAAACACAAGGCGAUUGUUUUCGUAAAAUCUUGUACGCCGUAGUUAAGUGGAAAAGUGUCUAAUCUCAGUAACCGCUCUGGGAUUGAGGGCGACACUGAGUGAGUGAAAGUACUUCGCCGCCAAGACAACCACAACUGGGCCGAGACCGGCUUUAUUAGAGACCAUGAAGCCGUCCAGUGUGUGCGGGGUCCUGUUGGUUCUACUGCUGGUUCUACAGCUCAGCCUGGCCAGGCGACAUCCCUACAAAAAGCACCGGUCGUCCCUGAAGAGAAACAGGAAGGCUCACGCCAAUGUUUACUACAGCCCGAAGGUGAUAAAGAAGCUGCGCGCGCAGAAGGAGAUCAAGGUGGGACACGGGCUGUGCCGGUACGGGGGCAGGUACGACUGCUGCUACGGCUGGGUCAGGAACGAGUACGGCGACUGCAAACCCGUAUGUCGUGACGCGUGUGUGCACGGAGUCUGCACCAUGCCUGACAUGUGUACUUGUCACACCGGCUGGAGAGGACGGACAUGUAACAAAGAUUUCAACGAGUGCGGGCACAAGCCUCGUCCCUGCCAGCACCGCUGCAUGAACGCCCAGGGCAGCUUCAGGUGUUACUGUAACCACGGGUACUCCCUACAGCCGGACGGGACGUCAUGCGCAAAAUCGCUUGUGUGCGCGUUACGGAAGUGCCAGUUCAUGUGCCGGGAGGUGAAGAAGGGAGUUCCGGAGUGUUUCUGUCCGGAGGGGCUGGAGUUGGGACCGGACGGGCGCCACUGUGUAGACGUUGACGAGUGUGCGCGUGGCUUGGUGACGUGUCCGCGGCGGCGGGUGUGUAAGAACACGUUCGGGUCGCACAUGUGCGUGUGUGCGCAGGGACUGUCCUUCAAGUACGUGGACGGGAGGCUUCGGUGUUUGGGCGCGGACGUGCAGAUGACAGUGGUGGUGGUGGACCCCAAGGACACAGAGGAGCCGAUCAGCGACUCGCAGGUGCGCGUCCUGUCCGAACCGAAAGGGGGCGGUACUAGCGUGGUCACAACGGGCCGGACGGAUCAAAACGGACUGUUGACGAUCACGGUCCCCUCCGAGAAGCCGCUGAUCAUCGUCGCCAGUAAGGACGGCUUCCUGACUAAUGCGGUGACGUUCGAGGCUUCACCUGGACAGAAGAACAUCGCGACCCUGCGGCUGACUGUGUACCGUGAGACGGAGGAUGUGGUGUACGACAGGCAGGAGCUCACCAGAAUAUACUUCGAACGGCGGAGUGAUCUCAACGACGCCAGCAGCGUCAUCUUCCCGCCAGGCGCCCUCCUGAUGGACGACAGUGAGCGGGCCACGGUGUCGUUCCGCGGGGUGGACGUGUCCCGUGACCGGGUGCUGCAGGGCCUGCCCGAGCUGGUGGGCAGCAUCGAGGAGAACAUCAACCAGGUCGAUUUCGAGUUCGAAGGAACGUCCCGCAUCAACCUGGAGGCUUACGGCGCCGCUGCCGUGGACAUCCGGGCACCUGGCAACCGGCGUGUGAGCGUCAGUUCAACCUUCAACAUCUCCAUACCCCUAGCGGAGGACUUGGACGGCACAGGUGUGGUUGCUCUGGAAGGCUGGCACUUUGACGAGGACCGCGGCGUGUGGGUCCAGGAGGCGAUCGGGGAGGUCCGGCGGGUGAACGGGCGCAUCACCUGGGAGGGCCCGGUGUCGCGCACGGGCUGGUGGGUAGCGGGGCGGCCGUGGAGGGACGCCAGCUGUGUGCGGGUGCGCGCCUGCUUCGACGACGACUGCGCCAGGCCCGUGCAAAAUGCCGCCAUUAGACUUGCAGGCCGUGACUACGGUUACUUCACGCAGCGGUACACCGACUCGGACGGCCACACCUGCUUCAACAUCCGGCGGGGCGGGACCGUGCAGCUCCGGCCAUGCUUCGGACCUGAGGUGGUGGUGGCAGGUACCGGGCAGCCGGCGGUGUGCAGGCGGGGGAUGGGCGCUCAGUGGUUCGACCCGCACCAACGCUCCACAGGGCAGUGUAAGGACGUCAAGAUACGGAUAUCAGAGUUUGACGUGGUGGACUGCGGCGUCCCACAGCUGAACGUGGGCGUGGUGACGGUGGGUGACGUCACGGGCGACACGUCGUUUGGCGCGAACGUGACGUACAGGUGUGACGACAGCUCCAACCCGUACGGCGGGCACCUGACGCGCCUGUGUCACAGCUGCGGCACCUGGAGCGGCAGUCCGCCCAGAUGUGAUGCCUACGAGACAGCAUUUGAAAGUUUUGCACUCUUGGACUCCCCCUAGCGACUGCAGAUGGCACUGCACAAGAUUAAAGCAUUUGACA